AUGGGCUCCUAUAAAUCCUGUCAAGCCGACAGCUACAGCUCAACAGAUAGCUCAUCAUCAAAAAGCACGGCAGCAACAAUCCACAGUCACAGAAUAGCUCCUCAACCGCACAAAAGUGACUGGCCCACCAACCCGACCCACAAACAUACAUACAGACCUGAAACCGAGGCCCAAGUCAAGUACGAAUGCUGCGAGCUACUGCCCCGCUCCUCAACCUCGACUUAUGCCUCAACAACAGACUCCAUAGCCGAGCUUGACCCGGAGCCUCAACCAACUGAACCCGCAAGCUUCCAUGAAGGCCGCUACUGCGUAAACGAGCGGCAAGAAUUCUACCCAUUAGAUGCAAUCCCCUCAACACCUUCAUCAUUUGCGCCCCUCUUCCCCUCGUCGCGGCGGCUACUCAUUCGCCACGAUGAUGCAACCAUUGACGGCAAUAUGAACCUGCGCGUCGACACGCCCGUCCACCUCCGUGACGGCUCCCAGCGCGAUGUCAUCCUCUUCCACCUGCGCAUGUACGACCUCUUCUCGCGAAAGUUCUCACUCAGGCGGUACUGCCGGGACUCGGGGCGCGAGGUGUGCCAUUCUGCAAGGCGGGAGGUUGUACCUGCUCGUGAGCGAAGGCCUGCGCUGCGAACCUCGUGGAGUAGUGUUUUUGCUGGGCUUAGGCCUGGUUCAGCGGGUGGGCAUUGUCCACCAAAUGAGGAGCUCGAGAGACAGAAUUCAGGGCAUGGGGCUGGCUGCGCACAUGGACAUGGACAUGGUCAUGAUGCACGGGAAGAGGCAGAUAAAGAGACGACUGAAGAGAAUGAGUUGGAGAAGGAAGGACAGUUUGCUCUGCCGAUCCUGGGUGAGACGAUUUUGCUCGAAUUCUCGAAUUACGCGCAUGUUGAGCUGCGCCGGAAAGGGCCCGGCUCGACUAAAAAAUACGAGUUCGAGUAUUGGUCCACGAAGUAUCAGUGGAGGAGAGAGGUCCGCAAAGAGGGUGAUCUGCAUGAAGUGUCUUAUUUCUUGGUUGACACGCGCACUUCCAAGACUAUUGCUCAUUUAGUACCGGAUACGCUAGCACCGCUAGAGGUUGUCGAAGAAGAGAGUAAGGGGGGUUGGGUGCCGCCUUGUUCAUUGUGGAUCAGUGAUCCUGGAGUUUACAAGACGAUGCCUGAUGUUGCCGAGUAA